CAGGCUGAGAGACACCGCGCGAGCCGCUCAAUAUGCUGGAAAACAAAUUUUUCCCCGCGCGAUGAAUCCUGCCAACGACACCGGAGAGGAGAGAAGCGCAGAGAAAUACCUGUUUGCAGUUGGCACAUACAAACUACUGGCUUUCACCAUCGGGACCAUUGGAUUGAUGGGCUUCUGUACUAACGCGCUUGUCAUUGUGUUAUACUGCAAAUUCAAGAGGCUGCGGACGCCGACCAAUCUGUUACUGGUCAACAUAAGUUUGAGUGAUUUCCUGGUUUCUGUCCUCGGAAUCAACUUCACUUUUGUCUCGUGCGUAAAAGGCGGAUGGGUUUGGAGCCAGGCGACGUGCAUCUGGGACGGUUUCAGCAACAGCUUUUUUGGUAUUGUCUCCAUCAUGACCCUGGCAGCCCUGGCAUAUGAGCGCUACAUCCGUGUGGUCCAUGCCCAGGUGGUAGACUUCCCCUGGGCGUGGAGGGCCAUUGCCCACAUCUGGCUGUACUCACUGGCCUGGACAGGUGCUCCUCUGCUGGGGUGGAACCGCUACAAGCUGGAGAUCCACCAGCUGGGAUGUUCUCUGGACUGGGCAUCAAAGGACCCAAACGAUACCUCCUUCAUCCUCUUCUUUCUCCUGGCCUGUUUCUUUGUGCCUGUGGGCAUCAUGAUCUACUGCUACGGGAACAUUCUCUAUACAGUGCAAAUGCUGCACUCAAUCCAGGACCUGCAGACGGUUCAGAUCAUCAAGAUCUUGAGAUACGAGAAGAGGGUCGCUGCUAUGUUUCUCUUGAUGAUCUCCUGCUUCCUGGUGUGUUGGACACCUUAUGCUGCUGUGUCCAUGGUAGAAGCAUUCGGCAGGCAGAGCGUGGUCUCUCCCACACUGGCCAUCAUCCCCUCGUUCUUUGCCAAGUCCAGCACAGCCUACAACCCCCUCAUCUACGUGUUCAUGAGCAGAAAGUUCCGACGCUGUUUGCUGCAGCUGCUCUGUUCGCGGCUCUCCUGGCUGCAGCACAGCCUGAAAGAGCGCCCCCUGGCUCCGGUUGAACGCCCCAUCCGGCCAAUAGUCGUGUCCAAUGACUGCGGAAGCAGAGACCGACCCAAAAAGAGGGUGACCUUCAGCGCCUCCUCUAUCGUCUUCAUCAUCACCAGUGAUAACUUCCAACAGCAGGACAUGACGUCCAGGGCUGGAGGAUCGUCAGAGGUUAAUGUCAUUCAAGUGAGGCCACUGUGAUCGGCAAAGGACUGGACUUCUCACACCACCACUCAGUAUGCCUUAGGAUGUCUCAUGCAAUUCCAAGCCAAAAAUAAACCUCUUACCUCUUACCUUUUUAUUGUCGACAAAGAGUUACACACUUUUUCAAUUGUAAAUAUCCAACUGUCUGGCCAAGAUCUGGUCAACUGAACCUUUUUUCCUGACAGUGUUUUGUCUUAACAGGUAGAAUGAAAGUGUGACAUCCUCAUCUACCAUCAUCAGCUGUGAUGGACAACAGCAAGUAUACAUUUGUAAAAUCAGAUUCACACCUAUUUAUCACAUACGUCAUACAGUGUAUAUAUACUGCUCAACUGCAGAACUAGCUGGCUCCCCGUGUGAUGCCAGAUUGUUUUGGUUGGUACCCAACUGAGUGUGUAAAUUGGAAAAUAAGCCUUAGCUCGAGUGCACAA